UCAGUUAAAAUGACUUGUUACAUUUCGCUGUCGGGUUUCCAUUUACUGCUGGCCGUGGCUUCUCUAACCGAGGCAUCAGGAGUUCAUGGAAUCAAUGCAGAGUACAAGGUGUCUGGAGACUACAUCCUUGGAGGACUGUUCCCUUUUCAUGAGAAUAGCAUUGGUCUAGCUCAACGGCUGAAGCCUGAAAGGGUGACUUGUAACAGGUAAGAAACUAUCAUCUUUAAAUUCUCUCCUCACCUGACGAUGUGGACCAUCCACUUGAGUGGUAGGAUCCACCUGCCCAGAAGGUGCUUUCCAGGGCUCAGUCCUCCCAUGACUGUACUUCCCUGAUUUUACCGACACCCAAAGUGGCUAGCCUGAACAUUUUCUUUCAAGCGUCUUCUUUUAAAAUCAAGAUUAAAUCCAUGACUGCCCCCUGUCCAGACCCUAACUACUCACUGCAUAAAAAGGGCUUAUUUUGUAUUACAUUUUGCCAAUUACCUUCAUUCUCUGAUCACUAUGGUAGUGUAAUGAUUAUGUUUCUGGACGAGCAGCCAGAGAUUUGACUCUCACUGUGGCAUUUAGAGAAUUUAAAUUGAUUAAAUGUCUGGAAAUUCAUAAAAUCUAGACUUGGUAAUGGUAACCAUUGGAUGGAACUAUUGAAACUAUUCAAUAGUUCAUGAAACUAUGAGAUUGUGCAACAAAUCUAAUAGGUUUAUUAGUGCUUGUGAUUAUCUAGUCUGACCUACACAUGACUCCAGAUCUAUCAAUGAGGUGACCUCAACCACCUCUUUAACUCAGGGGCAGUUAGAGGUGCAGAACAUAUGAUGCCAUUGGCAGUGAUGUCCACACCCCACAAAUAAAUUAAUUAAAUUGACUCUUACCCUUUCCGCCAUGAUCUGCACUUAAAAUUUUAAAAAAAUGAACUCUUAAAUGUCCAGAAACCAGCAAUGAACAAGUCCAACAGUUUUAUACAAUAAUCAACAUUAAUUGUCCCAUCAGAUUCCUUAUCUGAGUCCACUGAACCAGAAGCAGUGAGGGACUUCCCAGCAGUUGGCAUGUGAGCCACUCUUUCCCCUGGGCCAGCCAGCAGUUCAGACGUGUCUGAUGGCUCAACAUCCUCUAAUCCAACUUCAACUGGAUAUAUUUUUUCCAUCGUAUAUUCUUCUGUUUGUGUUUCCUCUCCCUCUAAUGCAAUCAUUAGAUUUUCUGAGCUGAUACCUCGACCUGUUGUUUACCUCUGUUUCAGCUUUUACCCUUAUGGUUAUGGAAUGUUUCUGGCAAUGGCGUUUGCGAUCGAUGAGAUAAAUAACUCUACCUCCCUAUUGCCGGACAUACAUCUGGGUUAUGAAAUCCACGAUGACUGUUUCGAGACACUGGCUUCCAUCCUGCCAACUCUUGUAUUUUUAUCCUGUGACAGAAGGAGUGAGAUUGAUGUGCUCUGCAAUUACACAGAGUACAGGAGCAGUGCAAUAGCUCUGGUGGGACCAUGGACAUCGCAUCAGGCAAUGAUCACAGCCAAAUUGUUCAGCUUAUUUUUAUUUCCACAAGUAAGUAACUCAUGGUUUGCUAUAGUUAGUUAUGGGGCUUCCAGUGCCCAAUUAAGUAAUAAGAAGAUAUUUCCAUCGUUCCUGAGAAUUAUGCCUAGUGACAAUAACCAAGCCAUAGCCAUUGUCUCUAUUGUCAAGAAGUUCAAGUGGAAUUGGAUUGUUGGAAUUGGGAGUGAUGAUGAAUAUGGCCGACAGGGGAUAAGCCUAGUACAGAGCUACGCAGCACUUGAAGGCAUCUGUGUAGGUUUCAUUGAGAAGAUCCCCACCUACCCCAAUCUGCCCAGCACCAGCCAGAAAAUCUCAGAUAUUGUGGACCAUAUCCGAAAAAUCAAUGUAAAUGUCAUCAUUCUCUUCUCCAGUGAGGGACCAGCUCAGGAACUGCUCAAGCAGGCACUGAAGAUGAACAUCACCAGGAAAGUCUGGAUUGCAAGUGAAGCCUGGGUUAAAUCGGAUGCUGUAAUCCACAUUCCAGGCAUUGAGCGCAUUGGCACAGUGAUUGGCACAGUCAUUAACAACGGCAGCAUGCCAGGUUUCGAAGGUUACGUUUUAAACCAUCUCACCAAUAUCAUGGAUUGGAGAGAAAAGAGAUUUGGUGCAGAGUACCGUGGCAAUCAUACUGUUUCUUUUUGGCCAUAUCCCACUUCACGUAAGCUCCUCAGUUCUGUUCAGCACCUGUCUCCUGAUAACCUGUCCAUUGUGUUGGAUCAGCCAGUAAGACGGGACACGUUCAGUGUGUACAUGGCCGUGUACAGCAUUGCACAUGCACUACAUACCCUGCUUGGGUGCCACACUGGAAAAUGCCAAACUACAACCAAAUGGUACAACUGGCAGGUACAUGUUUUUCCAUAUUUGUGCACAGGGUUAAAAAUAGCACAAAGAUCUGAUAUGUUUCUGGACUAUACGCCAUCUGAUCAUAGGCAGCUGUUGGAAGAGUUAAAGCGAGUUAACGUCAGUAUCCAUGGCACUGCCGUUUCCUUCAACGCUGAAGGAAAUACACAGAGAGGUUAUGACAUCAUUACCUGGACCCAGCACUCAGGACAGCUCCAGCUACCAGUGAUUGGCAGUUACAAAGAUCAUUUGAUAAUCAAUGCUUCUCAAAUUCAGUGGAAAACAGACAAUAAUGAGAUUCCUCAGUCAUACUGUUCCAAGAGGUGUGGCCCAGGCCAGAAGAAAAUUGUCAUCAGCCUUUACUCCUGCUGUUUUGAAUGUGAAGACUGUCCAAGUGGAUCCUUCCAGAACUCAACUGAUGGCUUUUCCUGCCAUCUUUGCCAACCUGAUGAGUGGUCACCACCAAAAAGCCCUAUCUGCUUUCAGAGAACUUUGCAAUACCUGUCCAUGUCCUCACCUCUUGGUGCGAGUCAGCUUCUGUUCAUGGUACUUGAGCUCACAUUGAUAUUGGCAGUCACGAUGAUCUUUCUAAUGAAUUCUGGUGCUCCGAUCGUGGAAGGUACUGGAGGGAAAAUGAACAUAGUCAUGCUCAUCUCACUAGCUCUAUUAUGCUGCAGCUCGUUGCUGUUCCUUGGAGAACCCACCGAACUCAUCUGUAAAUCACGAUGGCCAGUAACUGCUCUCAGCCUCACCAUCUGCACAUCUAUCCUUCUGAUCAACUCAGUACACAUCUUGCUGACCACUGAGCUCGCCAGUUUAAGCAAGACUUUCCUCUGUAGAUACCAACACUGUGGAAGAUACCUCACCCUUUGUGUCAGUCUCGGAGGGCAAGGAGUCCUUUGUUACCUGUGGCUGAAUACGGAUGGUGACUUUCUGAUGAAGACCGUGGGUGAUUCUGAAGAUGCUCUUUUCAUCUUCUGUAAGGGUGAAUCAGAGCUAGUAUUCUGGGUGAUGUUGGGAUACACUUGCCUACAAGCACUGUCCUGCUUCAUGUGUACCUUUCUGAUCCAAACUCCAGCUCACACCUACAAUCUGGCUCGGGAGAUUAGUGCCUCCAUGACCCUCUUUGUCACUAUCUGGAUUUGCUUCAUCCCAACAUAUCCAGCUGUAAACAAGAACCAUGCACCUGCUGUGCAGACUUUUGCCAUGCUCCUCAGUUCUUUAGCAAUACUUGGUGCCUAUUUCAUACCCAAAUGCUUUGUCCUUUGGUUUAAGCCACAAUACAACACCACUGAUUACUUCCAGGUUUAUAAUCUAAAAAUGUAAACAAAGGAGUAUUAGUGAUACAAAAAUGCUCACAUUUGCUUUAGAAUAACACUGAAGAAGGAUCUUGACCCAAGAUGUUACCUAUCCAUGUUCUCCAUGACCCAAUCAGUUACUCAAGCAGUUGGUGUCUUUUUGAGAAACCAGCAUCUGCAGUUCUUUGUUUCUACUCUCUUCUAAUAAUUGGUCACCGUGCCUUGAUAUCACUAUAGUUCCUCCUGCACUUACUUUGUUUCAGUAGAUAAUAAUACUUCUCAUUUUGUUCCAAACACUUCAAUCUCCCAUGAGACUAUCUGAAUGAGUUAUUUUAUUUUGUAGAGAUGUUUUUCAAC